UGCAGAUACACAGUGCAUACAUAGUAGUGCACACAUACGGAGUACUGUAUAUGUAGUUAGCGACUGGACUGGUUGGCCCUAAGCUCACCAACUGACUCGACACCAGCCGAGCUGGCAAUGGACGCUGCAAACCCUUUCUUCUGCUGGAGCAUGCUAGCAAUCUGCCAGGGCGAUUGUUGCUCCGAACUUGAUCCUAGGCUUCUCCUAGCUAGUCCGCCUAUGAAAUAGUAGCCCAUCGUUUCGGGGCAAACGCCGCCGCUAUGACAUAACUCUCUCUGGAAAAAUAAUAAUAAUAAAGAAGUCCCCGCGCUGCCAAACCAAUUCCCAGGUGUCGGGAUUCCCUCAGGUUAGCUAUAAAUUAGUUAGACUUGCAACACCUCGAACUCUGUCCCGCCGCCCGCCACUCAUCAGCAAAAACCUAUCCCACCGACUGACUCUCUUGCACCCCAUCUUCCUGAUAAGCAAUAGGGCAUUAAAACAAAAGAGGCCUCUUUCUUUCUUUGCUUUUGGCUCACUUAUGCCAUUUUAAUUCUAAUAUUUUCUCCUCGGAGUUUCCGAUCUCGCGUGAAAUUCGGAUCGCACACGGGAACAUGGAGGUGGACAGCGAGAGGGUCUCUGACCGCAGCAGGGUCGAGGUUGAUGAAUCUUCUGCAGAAAACAGAGCCACACUGAGUGAGGAACUGCUGGACUUUACCGAAAGUCUCCAUUCCUCCAUCGUCAGUUACGAAUGGAAAAAUGGCCGACGGUAUCGGGAGGGAAACUACAAAUUCCCCAACGACGAAAGGGAACAGGAUCGGCUCAACCUCAUCCAUUAUGCCAUUUACUAUCUGUGCGACGAGAGAUUUUUCUUGGCACCGAUCAACCCGGAUGGAAAGAGGAUAUUAGAUAUAGGCACGGGAACGGGCAAGUGGCCGAUUGAAAUGGGGGAUUUAUAUCCAUCAGCAGAACUGACUGGAGUCGAUUUGAGCCCGAUACAGCCACGAUGGGCGCCGCCGAAUGUCAAAUUUAUAGUCGAGGAUCUUGAGCAGGAUUGGGUAGAAACGGAAUUAUACGACUUCAUACACUGCCGGUACAUGAUGGGAUCGAUCAAAGAUUGGCCACGACUGGUGAAGAAGUUUUAUGAACAUCUAAAACCCGGCGGCUGGGUCGAAUUCAAAGACUCCACAGCCACCGUAUUUUCCGAAGACGGCACUGUCACACCCGAUUACAAAGUAGUCGAAAUGCUUCGGAAUCUACGGUUGGCGUCCGAAAAGAUAGGCAUAAACAUGGACCAUGCGCCGUUGCUCAAGGGCUGGAUGGAACAGGCCGGAUUUACCAACAUCGAGCAGCGCGUAAUGAGGUUACCUAUAGGCACGUGGCCGAAGAAUAGACGCUUGAAACUUAUCGGGGCAAUGAUGGCGUCGCAUUAUCUCGAGGUGGAGGCCUUCACGCUCAUUCCAUUUAUAGAGAUAUUGGGCUGGAGUCCGGCGGAGGUUGAGGAACUGAACGCGCAGGUCCGCGCUGCUGUGCAGACGAAGGGAGUCCAUCCACUGCAUAACUAUUACGUGGUUUGGGGUCAAAAACCGGCAAUGUAAACGGGAUAAACAGAAAAAUAAAUAAACAAAAGCAAAAAAGAAAAAGAAAAAAAGAAAAAAGA